CUGGUUAGCUAAAUUUUGGUUCUGCAAAACGAACCCUAAAUUACCAAAUCGUUUGAAGAAUCCCGGGAAUUCAAAUUGUAACUUCCCAUUACAGCUUGGGAAUCGCAAGUCGUAUUAUCUACUGAAAUCGACAUAUAUCUAGGGUUUUAGUGACCGAUGGGUGAACAAGUAAUGAGAAGAGGGGAUUUGCCGCUCCCGGCUCUCUUUGAGGAAGCUCGGAAGAUCCACGAUAAGGCAACGGAGUCCGGUGUCGAUCAGGAGCUUCUAAGGGAGGGACGCAGGAUUCUGGAGGAGUGCGAAGACAUGAUAAGUAAGCUGGGUUUGUUCUCCCGCAACGAGGCCAAAGAUGAUAUCAGCACUGCAAAUCUGAAGUAUACCCUGGCGCCAUUUUAUCUUGCUGAGCUGACUGAGAAAAUUGCUGAAGAUGAUAGAAUGCAUGUUCUUAGGACUUCUCAGGCAAAACUAAAGGAAUUUCUUUCAUUUUGUGAGGCAAUGGAACUUGUGCCAGAAGAGGAGUUGGAAACGUCUGCACAUGGGGGUGCAAAUUCUGUGGCAGAUCGAAGGGCCCUAAAGGUUGCUCGGUUUAAGCGGCAAAGAGCUGCUGAAGCAAAGCUACUGGAAAUAAAGGAGCGGAAAGAGCGACGUGUGCGUUCAAGUAAAGCAGCGGCAUUGUCUACUCCUAUUGAGGCUGGAGAGGAAGAUAUGCUGGAUGAUGAUGGAGAAGAGGAACGUGAGGCAUGGCUUACCACCGUCUCUUUGGCCAUCUGUAAGGCACUUGAUCUGCUGGAAAUGUUAAAGAAGGAGGAGGAAAUGCUUUCUGCUGUGAAGGAAAGACAACUAAAGCUUCAGGACGGAGAAGGGGAGUUCUCUCAGUCUGUUCUUGAUGAUCGUGUUAAGAAAGCAGAGGUUUGGCACCGAAAUGCUGCUGUUCGUGCACGGUAUACGAAACCUGCUCAGCCAAUCACAUGUGCUACUCAUGCCCAGGAUAUCAUAGAAGGGAGAGCAAAUGUUUUACAGGCACAUGAACAUAAGCAUCAGCCUGUUAUGUUUGGACCUGCAAGCCUGGUCGGUGGGAGCCUCACAAGUGAGAGAGAAAGGAUAGCAGCACAAGUUUUUCAACCUCAUCAUAGGCUGCCAACCAUGAGUAUAGAAGAAGCUGGGCUAAGGGAGAUGGAGAUGAUGAAUACAUGGCAAGAGAGGAAUGCAAAACUCAUGGAAGAAGCAAAUUCUGCCUGGUAUAAGGACAAUCGCAUUUCCAGACCAGAUGAGGAGGAUGAGGAUGAAGAUGAUGACGCUGCUGUGGAGAAGGCAAGAGCCUGGGAUGACUGGAAAGAUGAUAAUCCUCGUGGUGCAGGCAAUAAGAAGCUCACUCCAUGCGGCUGAAGGCAGCAAGCCAUGUUUUGCUCGUCAUAUAGUCUUCUAUAAUAAUACUCCGUUUAAUAACCCUUUUUUUAAAGCUUUCACUGGUAGAUAUUGUUACCAAUUUUGUUCAUUUGUAUGUCUUUUCAUCCAUAUUUAUGAAUUUUACCGUUGUUUCUAAUGUAGAGAUGAGGAUUGUUUUAGCAACAUUUUCAAAUGAGAAUCAUUUAUGAUAAAUUUCUUGUUCGAA